AUGGAGCGGCGGGAGAGGGACCGGCGGCGCACGCUGCUGCUGGUGAGCCUGGCGUCCGUCAUGGAGCGCGCCGACGAGGCGCUCCUGCCGGCGGUGUACCGUGAGGUGGGCGCCGCCCUGCACGCCACGCCCGCGGGGCUCGGCGCCCUCACGCUGUGCCGCUCCCUCGUGCAGGCCGCCUGCUACCCGCUCGCCGCCUACGCCGCCGCGCGGCACGACCGCGCGCACGUCAUCGCCGCCGGCGCCUUCCUCUGGGCCGCCGCCACCUUCCUCGUCGGCGUCUCGGACACCUUCGUACAGGUUGCAAUCUCACGAGGCCUGAAUGGCAUCGGCCUAGCUCUGGUAGUGCCGUCGAUCCUGUCACUGGUGGCCGACUCCACCGACGACGGCACGCGCGGCUCGGCGUUCGGGUGGCUGCAGCUCGCCAGCAGCCUUGGCCACGUCUCCGGCGGCCUCGUCGGCCUGCUGCUGGCGCAGACCACGGUCCUCGGGGUCGCCGGCUGGCGCGUCGCAUUCCACCUCGUGGCGGCCAUCAGCGUGGCCGUGGGCGCGCUGAACUGGCUCCUGGCCGUGGACCCCCAUUUCUCGACGAGCGACCACGCCGGCUACCGCCGGCGCGACGGCAGGCCAGUCGCCGCGCAACCUGCCACCGCCCGGCAGGUCGCGAUGGAGAUGAUCAGGGAGGCCAAGCGCGUGGUGCGGAUCCCGACGUUCCGGAUCUUCGUGGCGCAGGGUGUCAGCGGCUCGUUCCCUUGGUCGGCGCUCUCCUUUGCGCCCAUGUGGCUCGAGCUCACCGGCUUCAGCCAUGGCGACACCGCCGCCCUCAUGACCGUCUUCUGGGUAGGGAGAUCCCUCGGUGGCCUGCUCGGCGGCAAGAUGGGCGACGCCCUCGCCUUGCGGUACCCGAACGCCGGGAGGAUCGUCCUGUCGCAGAUCAGCUCCGGCUCGGCCGUGCCCUUGGCUGCCGUGCUGCUGCGGGGCCUCCCUGCCGACCCGUCCACCGGCGCCGCCUACGGCGCCGUCCUGUUGGUCAUGGGCAUGUUCAUCUCCUGGAACGGCCCCGCCACGAACUUCCCUAUUUUCGCUGAAAUCGUUCCGGAGAGGUCAAGAACAAGCAUCUACGCUCUCGACAAGUCCUUGGAGGCGGCACUGUCAUCGUUCGCGCCCCCGAUCGUUGGCAUCCUAGCUCAGCGCGUGUACGGGUACACGCCGGAUGGCGAGGGGGGGAGCGUUGGACAGGACCGGCGGAAUGCGGAUUCUUUAGCCAAGGCACUGUACAUGGCUAUCGCGGUGCCAUUCGUAGUCUGUGCCUCCAUGUACUCGUUCAUGUACUGCAGUUACCCUCGAGACAGGGAGCACGCGCGCAUGGAGUCUCUGGUUGAAUCGGAGCCGGAGCAGAUGGAGCUUGGCGGUUCCUGCCUAGAAGACGACAUUGGACGGCGCGAGGUUUUCGACCGGAGGGAUGAUGGUGAGAGAGGCAUGGUUAGUGCUAUGUGUGAUAACAGGGAGUUGCUCGAGGCUGAUACGGCGAAAUUGUUAGCGAACGCGGGAAAGUGAAUAGGAAGAUGAGGUUUUCACAUUGGGCAUUUCCCCCCGAGAAGUGAGAACAGAUAUCAUCACAUCAUUAUGUUAUGAGAGAACAUUACUUCUAGUUGGCUGAUGGUUGGUGGCUGGUGGCUGGUGCUGAUUUGGUAUGAGAGAAAAACACUGCUGGAUGCUUGGCUAACCAGCCAAGCGAACAGAGUGAUUGCAGCUAAAGUUCUACGAUGCAUAAUUCUGAUA